UUUAGAGCAGCGUAGAUAUAUUGCUAACAAAAUUACCUUCCAGAAUUUAUGUAACAAGAGAAUGCUUAUAUCCACACUUAUCGCCAACUUUAUCACCACAACUGAUCCUGUUUUGCAGAUUGGGAUGGAGAUUCCUUAUAUCUUUGUUCAGACUGUCACGUACGGAGUCAUAGUUUACGCUAUGAUUGGAUUUGAGUGGACAGUUUCCAAAUUCUUGUGGUAUUUGUACUUCAUGUAUUUCACCUUGUUAUACUUCACUUUCUAUGGAAUGAUGGCAGUGGCAGCACCUCCCAACCACUACAUUGCUGCUAUAGUCUCAUCUGGCUUCUAUGCAUUGUGGAAACUUUUCUCCGGAUUCGUAAUUCCAAAGACAUUUGCAGGAAAAAGAUUAUAAUAAAGUAUAUUUCGGCCAUUGGAUUCAAGAAGCAAAACCUGUGAUCAAAUUAAUUCACGAGGUGGGACCCUACUUAUUAUAUUACUUCUGCCGAAAGUUGAAGAAGUGUUAUAGCCCAAAGAUUGCCUAGUUGACUAGAACGAACAGAUUAGGAAGAUUAGGAUUUUCCUUUAUUGAGAAGAUUCACGGCAAUUUUGGGAACCAUCUAUAAAAUGAGAAGAAUAGGGUUCGUUCCGGGGAUGAAUGGCCACUUGAAGUACCAUGGAUUGCAAGUUUGACUUGGAGAGCCACGGCUGGGAACACAAGAACAAGAGCAGAAGAAAUCUUUAUGAGCUUUAUUAUUUUCUUGGAUUCUAGCCGAAUAAUUGAUACAAUGUUUUUAUCCAUGAGUAGCUAAACUUGUGAACUAGGGUUGAGGAUGAAACCCCAUGAAUUUUAUUGAUUGGUUUUAUGCACUUGAUUUUUUCUACGUGCUUUCAUAGUUUAUUGUUCUGAACUCAUUAAUUAUUUUGGUUGAAACUCAUAUAUGGAUUCAAUCGGAA